AUGGAUGUAUGUGAAAAAUAUGUAAUCAAUCCAUGUGAAUCAUUAAAUUACUGUUCAAAUAUUGAUGAUUAUCGUCCAAUACAAUCUACAUUACUAACGCGUUUUACAACAACAGAUUGUUCAGAAUUAUGGCGAACAUCAAAUCAAGAUUAUGGAGCAUUUUAUUAUCAACAAUUACCUCAAUAUUGUAUACCUGAUAAUCUAAAAGCUAAAAUUUAUCAACGUCAUAAUCGUUUUCAAGAUUGGCUUUCAUAUCAAAAUAAAUAUCAAAAUUUAGUAACAUCAUGUACAACAAAUUCGAAUCAUAAUAAUAAUAGUCAAAGAAUUUUACCAUCAAAUAGAAAUGAAACGGUACGUAUAACACAUCGAAAAAGAUUCUUAUCGAAAUGUAAUGAUGAACUAAAUGAUAAUCAACAAAAUCCAAAUACUUUUUCACCAUGUGGUGAAGAUGGAUUAAUUACAGAAUAUAUUGUUAAAAAAAUACUUAAUAAAUUACAAUGUUUAAUUUGUCCUGAUGAAUAUCAUGAUGUUAUUGAAUGUGCACAAAUACUUGUUAGCGAAAUUCUAAGUCAAGAACCAUGUUUAUUGGCAAAUGACAUUGUUGAUCGAGUUGUUACUAUUAUGAUUACUCCUCCAAAUAAUAUUGAACAAUCAAUUUUUAAUCCUUGUUAUUCAUAUACUUCAACAAAACCAAUAUGUUGUCCUUCUCCACAACCAUUACCUGAUAAUUGUCAAACAAUAGAACAACCAAAUAUAGUUAACAAUGAACUUCCUGUAUGUACAACUGUCAAUACUUCAGUAUCAUUGACUAAUUGUAAUCAAACAAUACCUUUCUCAAAUGUUUUUGAAAAACUUAUUCAUCUUGAAAAUGCUAUAUCAAAAGUUUCCAAUGAUUUUGUCAAAUCAUAA